AUGGACUCGACACAAUCCUUAAAUGAUUCCAAAUAUUUUUUGCAAACUAAACGAGUUGGUUUUCAUUUAUGGACAGAAGAUGACUUUCAAUUAGCUUUUAAUCUUUGGGGUAAUAAUGCUGUUACACAGCUAAUCGGCGGUCCAUUCACAAUUGAAAAAAUACAAGAACGUUUUUCAUAUGAAAUCAAGAAUAUGAAAGAUUACGGUGUUCAAUAUUGGCCCAUAUUUGUUUUGAAAACUGGAGAACAUAUCGGAUGUUGUGGUUUUCGCCCAUAUGACAAAGAGAAGAAUACAGUUGAAAUUGGUUUCCAUAUUCUACCGAAAUUUUGGAGACAAGGAUUUGCUCGCGAAUCCGCAUAUGCUGCAAUAUCGUAUGCAUUCUGUAAUUUAAAUGUGAGUAAAAUUUUUGCUGGUCAUCACCCAAAUAAUGUGGCUUCUUGUCAACUUCUCGCACAACUUCGAUUUCAGUAUACUCAUCAUGAAUAUUAUCCUCCAACUGGUUUACAACACCUAUCGUACAUACUCACAAAAGAACAAUAUUGUAAAAAACAUAUUUGA